AUGCUUCCUCCUCCCAAAGUAGAACCCUUAUAUAAACCUACGUUCGCCACCAACAGUGUGCAGAACACGACUGAAGAUGAUAAGUUCUACUAUGAGAUUGUCACUCCACGCGUCGUUACCUGCGUGGCUGAAAUGGAGUCUCUGCCCAAGGAGGUCAUGGUCCGUUUUAAUACGCCCGGUGCGGAGGGAGAAUGGAUAAGAGCAUCGGACUUAGUGAAAACUGAUGGCUCAGGAGUGCAAGUCGAUGGAACAUUUAUCGCAGGGGACGGCAUAACUUUUACCGAUGGGAAGCACACAACCUAUUAUCCGUGCAAACGUGACUUCUUUGUCUUCGGUGUGACCCGCCAUGCUUGGCUUGAAGUAAAGCCAGAGGCUGCGACUGUUUUGGAGGAAGAUCAUUGGUUAGUAGACAAUCAUCCAUUGAAUUAUCUCAUCGUCGAAAGGCGCAGAAGUCAAGCCAAGAUUCACAUCAAAUUGGAGCACCAGUAA